AUGAGCGGAAUCAAGAUCAUCAUUCGCUCAUGGAGCGAUUUCCUGUCAACGAGCGACGUCUCUGUGCCCAAGCGCGCUGAUGUCCUAUCCGAUAGGAUCCGCCUUAACCUGAACCACUGGCUGGGCAACUACCUGUGCAUCGUUGCUGCCUUCGUAGUACUGGCUGGAUACUUCUACCCUGGCCUGUUUGUGGCGAGCGUGCUGGCUGCUCUUGGCGGUGCGGCCACCAUCUUCACCAAGGACAUGCGUCUUGAAGUCGGCGGCGUGGCCGUCAACGAGCUGCACAAGUAUGGCCUCACUGCUCUUGUGAGCAUCUUCUCGUUGUACUGGAGUGAGAGCUUCCAGCCGCUCUUCGUCACGGUCGCAAUCGCUGGCAUUCUCGUACUGGUCCACGCUGCGGGCAAGGACAAGGCGAGCCUGAAGACUCGGGUCAAGACAGGCCUCGACUCUAUCAAGAGCGACGUCAAGAACGAGCUGAAGAGCCAUUAG